AUUUGCCUUUGAUUACAACACAAAGUGGUAAACAAUCUCCUUGCAGUAACGGGGGAAGAACUUAACAAUGUCAGUGUCACUCCCAACUCUACUGAACCCCUACUGUAACCCCAAACUCUCUUAUCUUCUUCCUCACUCUUUUCUUUCAUUUUCCCACAAGCUUUCUUCUUCACCACAGAACUUUAAUUUCCGUACAAAAAGACUCUACUCCCUCUUCCCUUCUGAAUCUUCUUCUUACCUUCUUCAAAACCACAGCCUCGAACUUGAAGACCGUGUUAUCGGCGACUGUUUAGUCUUCGAGGAAGGCGUGUUUGAGGACCCUUACCUUCAAAACGAUGCCAGCCUUAGCAAAAACUCCGACUCAGACAAACCUAAACGGAAAAACAAGAAAAAAUCUGUGGAAGUCGAAGGUGAGAAUUUGGUUCCUGAGAAAUGGAGACAAGUUCAAGAGGAAAUUAACCUGACGAAGAAAGAUAAGCGCAAGAUUAGGCAGGAAAUGGAGUUUGGUAGCCGAGUUGAGAAGAGGAAACAAGGCUAUGUUCCUUUGAAGAGUUUAAAUUUGCAGGAAUAUUUGGAUUACAAGAAAGCUAAAUUGGCUCAGGUGAAGCCGGUGGUUCUUGAUAACCCUCAACGUUUUCGUGAUGAUAAAGAGUCCGAAGAAGAUGAAGCAAAUGUGAAUGUGUCUUCGAGCGAGCGAUUGGAGCCAAAGAAUCCGAAAUGGGCAGUUUAUGGUCGAGGCUUGGACGAUGUUUCUGAGUUUUUUAACAAAAAUUAUGAGCCUCCUGAUAAGAAAUCUGAAGGUCCACGUAAGUUGUUUACAAAGGAGGAGAAAAUUCUGUUGAAUAAGAAGAUACCUGAUUUAGUAACCUCUACCUCUAAAAAAUGGCUACCUCUUCACACCCUCGCUGCAUCUGGAGAGUUCUACCUUGUUGAUGCUUUGUUGAAACACAAUGUUGACAUCAAUGCUGUGGAUAAGGAUGGCUUGACUGCAAUUCACAAAUCUAUCAUUGGGAAGAAGCAGGCAGUUACCAACUAUCUGUUGAGAGAAUCAGCGAAUCCUUUUGUUUGUGAUGAUAAUGGGGCCAGUUUAUUACAUUAUGCUGUUCAAACAGCAUCAAGUCCAGCAAUCAAAAUUCUUUUGUUAUACAAUGUUGAUCUAAAUCUUCAAGACAAUGAUGGAUGGACACCUUUACAUCUUGCUGUUCAAGCCCGUAGGACAGAUAUAGUGAAACUGUUAUUGAUUAAAGGAGCUGAUAAAACAUUGAAAAACCAGGAGGGUUUGACCCCACUCGAUCUAUGCCUCUACUCCGGUGAAGACACAAGAACUUACGAAUUAAUCAAGCUGUUGAAGCAGCUUCCAAAACGCCGUUGACUGCUCCGACAUAAAAUCCAUCCCAUCAGUGUAACAAUUGCCAAACUGAUUGUGCAGCCCAGUAGUAGUAUUAGAUUCAGCAUCAUCCAAAAUCACUUAAAAACUGAGCAUCGCACAACUGUAUGUAUGUCAGAUGAUCCUUCCAAUGGCGAACUCGAGCUUACAAGUAACCGACAAGGCACGUAAGAAGAAUGUGCAUUCCACAGCCUGCUCUUUUACUGUAAAAUCUAUCACCCAAUCACAUCAUUAUAUUUUUGUAUAAGUCUAUCAAUUGAAUCUAGGCAGGUAUAGACCUUAUAUUAUUAAUUGGUCAAUCUACCCAAUGAAUAUAAUCUGUUUUAUUCAUUAGCUUCUCAUCUCAUUUUUUGAGCAAGACAAUAGACUAUCAAACUAGUAGAAAAUUUUUACUCUAGAUGUCUUGAA